UGUUCGUAUAUUCCAAGCGAGUAUCAACUUUUAUCGUCAGCAUUUCAUGCCGAAGUAUUGUCGCAGCCAUAGGCAAAUUUUUCUUUCCAGUGCAAUCGAAGAUUAAGGCCAAUUAGACGUUUGAUCAGUGAAAGGAAAUCAUGUCAGCAGUGCAAUUUUGCGCUUCUUCCAAUUUUCUGCAGCCACAGUUUCUGCUCAAGGUUUCCGAGUCGGUCAUUGGAAUGGUGAUCUUGGGCCUGUUUCGUGGCGCCCUUUUCCAGCCUGGGGACCCCGUGGUAGGCGACGUGGAUUUCGCUGCCUGGUUCGGCGCCACAACCGUCGGCGUCGGUGUCGUCACACUGUCGCUAGUUGUGGCCUAUUUCGUGGGCCACACGCCCGGCAAACAAGAGCGGAAUUUCAAUGCCUAUGCUGGGAUCAUGUACACUGUGGCCGGUGGCUGGUUGGUCGGCCGCACCCGCAAUGCUGUCGACAUCAACCCGGACUAUCCAGAGACUCUGCGUUUCGUUUGCGGUUGUCUGUGUCUCGUCGUGGGUCUCGUGUUUUUUCUCGACGCCGUCUUGUUGUUUCUGGGUGGCAAGCGAAACGCUAGGAACGACGACGGGGAAAUCGGAUAUAAUUAUGACUGAGAAUAACUUAACGAUAACGGAGUGAUGAUUUAAUUUUGUGCGCGCUGUUUUGUAAGACUCUCCGACGAUUGCCAUUCGUCGACAUCGGACUUCGCAUCCAAAUUUUGCGAUCAAGAAUUUUUGCCUGUGUGAACUCUUACUUUCAUCCAAAGAACUUGUUUUUUUUUGCAUGCGUCCAACAGAACCUGAGCUU